AUGGCUCGUGUCUCUUUUGUCUCUUACUGUAUUGUGGUGAAUGGUUUUCCUAGUAAACCUUUCCCUGCUCAAAAAGGUUUGAGGCAAGGUGAUCCUAUGUCUCCUUUUCUAUUUGCUUUGUGCAUGGAAUGCCUCUCUAGAUGUUUGGUUGAAAUGACUCAGGAUCCUAAUUUCAAUUUUCAUCCUAGAUGUGAGAAAUUAGGAAUCACUCAUAUGAUGUUUGCAGAUGAUCGUCUCCUUUUUGCUAGAGCUGAUCCUAUCUCUAUCCAGCUCUUCUUGGGUGCUAUUCAGAAGUUCUCCAGUGCUUCUGGUUUGUCUGCUAACCUCAGCAAAAGUGAGGUUUACUUUGGUGGGAUUUCUGAGAUUGAUCAAGAUAAUUUGCGGAAUAUUUUAGGCAUGAGCAAAGGUAGUCUUCAUUUUCGAUAUCUUGGUGUUCCCUUAUCUUCUAAGAAGUUGACCAUUGCUCAAAGUAGGCCCUUAAUUGAGAGGGUUACUGCUAGAAUUGAUAGCUAG